GCCACCAGCCUCCCCCGCAUCGCCGCCCCAACAAUCCCAGUCGAGUCAUCCGCCCACCCCCCCCCCCCCCCCCCCCCCCCCCCCCCCCCCCCCCCCCCCCCCCCCCCAUUCGCAGCCGUCCGCCCCCCGCGUCCGCCGCAGAGCCGCCGAUCCCCUCCCGAGAGCCCCCGCCCCGUCGGCUCGUGGAUCUCGGCUGCCGCCGUCGCCGGUGCUGGUGGGGAUUUCGGGUCCCGUGUUUAUUGCUCCGAUUCGGGCCCUGAUUCUCCCCGGAUUGCGUUUCCUUUGAUGGGGCCGCCGCCGCCGCUCCGGCUCGGGGUGUGAUUCUGAUUCUGAUUCGGGCGGAAGGUAGAGAUUGUCGUCUUUUUAUUGAGCCCCCCCUGCCUGCCCUGGUUUCUCUGCCGCUAUUGGAUUGAUUUGGGAUCCGCGAUCGAGAUUGCUCCGUGAAGUUUUUGGUCCUAGGUAUAUUUUUUGACUGGCCCGGAUCAGGAAUAGAGGGUUCUCUUGCUGGGGGGAGGGAGAUCUAGGGUUGCGUCUUCUAUAGUUCUCUUUGUGCAUGUGCAUACUCCAUAGAAAAAAACACCAAAAAAAGGAGGGGGUGAGGAGGAGUUGGAGGAGCAGGAGGAGGAGGAUUGGAGCGCAGGGGAGUUUGGAGGUUAUUAUGGCGCUGAAUUAUCCGUCGUGCUCAUUCUUGGUGAGCGACGAGUGCUCUGCCCUGAUGCGAGGGUGUGGAUGCUGGUCGGAGGAGGCCUCGCCCCUCUCGUCCCCAGGGGUCAACUCCAGGCGCUGGGAUGAUUUCGAGCCCGAUCCUGCGGAUCUAUUGCCCGUGGAUCCCUUCGGGAUGAACUUGGGGAACACCAUCACUGCAGCCAUCGCCAGUUGCCUCGACCGCACGGUCAUGUCUGGUGCAGGGCGUUUUGGAAGCGGUGACGGUGGUGCGGCCGACUUGAGUUUUUACCUGAAUCAUGCUAUUGCCGUCUCCCGGGGGCCAUCUUGCCUCCCGGGUGGCUUCGGGCGUGCUUUUGAGGGGCCCUUUGUGUUUGGAGGCCUUUAUGAGGCCGGAGGCGCCAACUGCUCUCAAGGGUUGCCUCCCCUUGUGUCCUGCUCAGGCUCAAUUGUACCUGGAGAGGAUCCAUCUACUUCUGGCAGUGCUGCAUUGUUGUGCCGUGAAGGAGUUGAUGCCGUGGGAGCGUCCUGCUCACGCCCAAUUGUACCUGGAGAGGAUCCAUCUACUUCUGGCAGUGCUGCAUUGUUGUGCCGUGAAGGAGUUGAUGCCGUGGCAGCGUCCUGCUCACGCCCAAUUGUACCUGGAGAGGAUCCAUCUACUUCUGGCAGUGCUGCAUUGGUGUGCUGUGAUGGAGUUGAUGCCGUGGGAGCGUCAUGCUCAUGGCCAAUUGUACCCGGAGAGGAUCCAUCUCCUUCUGGCAGUGCUGCAUUGGUGUGCUGUGAUGGAGUUGAUGAUGUGGGAAGUGCACCACAUGACGGGAUGAUGUAUGCUCUUGCCUAUCUUGGGCUUCGUGACAUCCUAGCUACAGAGAUGGUGUGCAAGUCUUUGCAUUCAUGGAUCCGCAGCGAGUUAUUGUGGAAGUGUAUCCACAUUGAACCGGUAUUGAGCGGGAAGAUCUCUGAUCCUGAUCUUCUAUUUCUGACACAGAAGAUUCCAGGUGAUUUGCAGUGUCUAAAUAUAAAUGACUGCAUAAAUAUCACCGACAAUGGUUUGAAUGCUGUUCUCCAAAGCAAUCCGACGUUAACAAAGUUGAGUAUUGCGCGAUGCCCGCGGUUAACUUUGGAUGGCCUUAUUGCCAAUCUAAAGUCAUUUAAUAUGAAAGCAGUGUCGGGUAUUAAGAGCCUCAGAAUUGACAAAAACUUCAAUUUACCAAAAGAGGAUUAUGAGGAGUUAUUAUCCUUGUUGAGCAUCGACAAGAGACAGGAGUUGCACAACCGGGCUCCGCGAUUCCGUCAUUCUAAUCAUUUUUUAUUAGAUUGCAAUGACGGAUAUGCUCUUGAUAUUGAGAUGUGCCCCAUCUGUCAAAGUUACAAACUUGUUUUUGACUGCCCUGAAGUGGAGUGCAGUGACAAGAGAUCUGGCAAGUGCCGAGCAUGUGAGGUUUGCAUCAAGAGAUGCCGGCAGUGUGGAAGGUGCUUAGAACGAAAUGAGAAGUUUGAAGAGAAAUUUGAUCUGGUCUACCUUUGCUACAAGUGUCGAGGCGAUCCGGCUUCACCAUCUCUCGGUGUGGAAAAGGAUCUGGUCUCUAUUUUAUCCAGUGGAAGAAUAGCUUCUCCUUGACCAUGGAGGAGCAACAGUACAUGUCCAGCCAUUCAGCCAUCUUUCUUAGCAUUACUGAUGAAGGGAAAAAAAGGAAAAAAAUAUAGUUUGCUAUUCAUGAAGGUGUGUGGUCGUUUGACAGAUGGUACAUUUGCUUGCAAGAAAAACAAAAAAAGAUGUUACUAAUUCCAGCAGAAAUAAAGGGAUGGUUCCCACUAUUACAGCCUCACCAGCGACCAUGAGGGAUGUUUCUUCAUGGAGUUUGCAGUUCAAGAGUGUAUAGGUAGAGGGUGAGAUUGGUGUCGGUGUGUUUGCUUGAUGCUGCAUCUUCCUGUGAAGAAGACUGAAGAUGAACUUAUUCCUUGGCUUCCAAGUAUAUUAUAUCUGUAUAUGCGUCACAUUGUAAUAGUUUGCCCUGUAUACGUCGUGUCGUAUGACUUGGUAACUUGUUUCAUAAAAAUAAAUAAAUCAAUGACUUCUAACUA